AUGGCUAGCCCUCCUGUGCUAGCCUUCGAUGCUGAGGGCCGCCCAGUGAAGUUCGACACCUGGCUUGAUGACCUACACCUCUUCCUACAGCUCACUGCCAAGGAAGUCAUCUCGCUGUACGAUCACGCCCUAGGCCACGCUACUGCUCCUGCUGCUACCGCCGACAGCACUGCUCGCUCACAGUGGCAGACUCGUGACGCCCAUGCUCGCUUCGCUAUUCGCAACUCUCUGCCGAUAGAUGAGCGCGAGCACUUUGGGCAGCACAAGACUGCACAGGCCCUGUACACUGCUGUCGUUGCCCGCUACUCCUCACCGGCCUCUGCCGCUCUAGGCCGUCUCUCUCUUCCCUACCUGUUCCCAGACUUAGCUUCCUUUCACACUGUCGCUGACCUCAUUACCCACCUCCGCACUAGUGAGGCUCGCUUCCGCGCCGCUAUGCCUGAUGAGUUCCUUGCCACGAACCCACCCCCGCUCUGGAUCACUCUCUACCACCUAGUCACGCGCCUCCCUGACUCACUGCGCUCGGGGUGUUCUCCCUCCCCCCUUCUUCCCUCUGUCGCCUCUGCUGCUGCUGUCGACCUCCUUGGUGCUGAGAAGGUCGGGACUGCGUCUGCUUCGAGCGGGCGCCGCAGCGGCAAGGGCAAGGGAGGUAAGGGCGGUGGUGGUGACAGCGGGGGUGGCGGUGGUGGGGGAGGUGGUGGCGGGGGGGGUGGCGCGGGUGGGGGAGGGGGCAGCGGUGGUGGGGGUGGCGGCAGCGGCGGGGGAGGUGGCCGGGGCGGAGGAGGUGGUGGGGGUGGCGGUGGACGAGGCGGCGGCAGGGGUUGGGGUGGUCGAGGGGGUGGUGGCGGGAGUGGUGGUCGUGGAGGCACUGGCGGUGGCCAGGGACAGCAGCACACUCCUUCGCCUCAGGAGGCCACUGAGCUGCCCCGCUGGCUUGAUCUCCUGAAGAAGGGGAUUGAUAUCUAUGCUCUAGACUUUGAUGCUAUUCUCUCUGCCAUGUAUGUGAUGUCUACUAGUGGAGAGGGUUCUGAGUACCUGAGUGUCCCGCCCGACCCGGGCAUUAGGACUAGUGCGUCUGCUGCUCCAGGUACCCACGUGUCUGCUACCCCAGGUGCUGGUGAGGCUGCUGCUCUAGGUGCGUGCGUGUCUGCCCCCCCUGGUACGGUGUCGACUGCAGCACUGCACACCUUCACCCUGGAUUCAGGUCUCCACCUCCCCUCGUUCUCCACGAACUUGGUGGCAGGUUGUGCUCUCCAGGACGGGGGUGUUCACCAGUUCACCCCUGCCUACGAGCGUGUGACACACUGCACGUGUGCUCGUACGGGCCGCCACUUGGCUACCUUCACCCGGCAGCCGGGGUCGGACCUGUACACACUGACUACUGCCUCCCCUCAGGUCACUGCGUCUACGUCUGCGUUUGCGUCCGCGUCAGGUCAGCUGUCUGCCCCCUGCUCGUGUCGCUCUCUAGCGCACGAGAUUGUCCUCUGGCACCACCGACUUGGCCACCCGUCUGUGCAGCGCCUUCGUGCCAUGCACUCCCGGUACCUUGUCUCUGGUCUUCCCAGGGUCCUCCCUCCCCUCCCACCCUCGCCUGCUCCUCCCUGUCUUCCCUGUGUCGAGGGGCGGCAGCGCGCCGCUCCUCACUCCUCCUCGUUUCCCCCAACGACUGCUCCUUUGCAGACGCUCCACAUGGACGUGUCGGGCCCAGCCCGCGUCCGUGGUCAGGGUCAGGAGAGGUACUUCCUGAUCGUUGUUGACGACUACUCGCGCUACACCACGGUCUUCCCCUUGCGCACCAAGGGUGAGGUCCCUGAUGUUUUGAUCCCUUGGAUCCGCAGAGCUUGUCUCCAGCUCAGCGAGCGUUUCCGCUCGGACUUUCCCGUCCUGCGCUUGCACUCUGACAGAGGUGGUGAGUUCUCCUCCAACCUCUUGGCAGCCUACUGUGCUGAGCACGGCAUUGAGCAGUCGUUCACGCUUCCGGACUCUCCACAGCAGAAUGGGGUUGCGGAGCGCCGCAUUGGCCUGGUCAUGGAGGUCGCUCGUACCUCCUUGAUCCAUGCGGCUGCCCCCCACUUUCUGUGGCCGUUUGCGGUCCGGUACGCUGCGCAUCAGCUCAACCUCUGGCCCCGUGUCUCCUUGCCGGAGACCUCGCCCACACUGCUGUGGACGGGGGAGGUUGGCGAUGCGUCGCGUUUCCGGGUCUGGGGAUCUCGAGCUUUUGUCCGCGAUUCGUCUGCGGACAAGCUCUCCUCUCGUGCUGUUCCCUGCGUCUUCCUCGGCUUUGUUCCGGACGCGCCUGGUUGGCAGCUUUACCACGCCACCUCGCGCCGGGUCUUGCCCUCUCAGGACGUCACUUUUGACGAGUCUGUCCCCUACUACCGCCUCUUCCCCUACCGCACUGCCCCGCUCCCACCCCCGCCUCUCUUCCUCGCGCCAGGUGCUGCUGUCGUAGACCCCCUCCCCCCUCAGGGUGCCGCUCCCUCAGGUGUGUCUCAGGUAGACCCGGUCGAGCCUGUUGAGGUUGCUGUCGACUCUCGUCCUCCUGCUGGGGUGCUGAGCCUGGGGGUGCGGACGCUGGGGGGUGCUGAGCCUGGGGGUGCGGACUCUGGGGGUGCUGAGCCUGGGGUGCGGACACUGGGGGUGCUGAGCCUGGGGGUGCGGUGA